AUGUCUCUCACGCACGACCAGCUCGUCGCUCUCCACGUCCAAGCCGCGCAGCUCCUAGAGUUCAAGCUCCGCAAGGUCCCCGCGCGUGUGUUUCCCUCCGGGCGCAAGCCCACCAUCACCGACGUCUACACGAACGCCGAGAGCCUGCAGACCCCCGACAUUCACCCAAACCUGCGACUCCUCUUCCUUUUCGAGAACUACAACAAGUUCGCCGUCGCUGGGUUCCGUGCGCGCAAGAAGGAGCAAGACCUCGUCGUCUCCAUGGCGACCUUCUACUGGCAGAUGGACCAGCAACACUCGCUCUCCUACCAUCACAAGGAGAUCCGAUUCAAUGUCCUCCUCGCCCACAUCGUCCUAGAGACGCCCAAUUCCCGCGCUCAGAUGGACCCUGAGCUUCUCCGCUUCCUCCAAGUCUUCAUCCACGCCUGGCUCGAGUCGGCGAUGCGUUCGGGCAAGUACGACCUCAUACAGUGGACGAAGGGUACGCGCGACCGCAUGAGCAAGGCGGUGAAGGCGCUCGAGGCCUCUGUGCCUCCACAGGCAUUUGACGUCGAGGACUUCUGGAUUAGGGCGAGCUCGAUGCCGUCCGAUGAGUACAAGAAGCAUGGUCCAGCAUGGGCCAUGCAGUACGUCAUCUACAAGGAGAAGGAGGCAAAGGUCAUCGACAAGAUGGAGCGGGACUACGACGCCCAGGAGUCGCUCAAGCACGGGGACUUCUUUGCUGGUUUCGGGAAGCUGGGCAUGGGCGAUGCCGCUCCUGGGUAUCUGUCUGAACAGAUGUUCCAGCAGCCGCUUGUAAAGGCGCUGCUGACUGAAGUGCAUGGGGGCAUGGUUGUGCAGGACCCAGAGACGGUGGAGUUCUGGAUGGAUCCGAGCACGGCGAUAGAUCUGGUGGAGGGCAAGGUCGCGGGCAUGGACGACAUCAACGAGCGCAUCAAGGGCAUGUCGUUCCUUGGGGCUAGCAAGUGAGAUCAGACGGAGUGGGAAUGAGGGGUCCUGUAUACAUUCGAGGGAUUAUCGGAGUCAGCAGGGCAGGUGGAUUCACACUGAAGUCCUCCCGCCUGACCUAUACAG